CACACACACACAGAGAGAGAGAGAGAGAGAGAGAGUGAGAGAAGCACGGACAGAUGAGUUCCGCGUAGUGCGCUCAUAGACUGUAAAAAAAUAAAGUGCGCUCUGCAAAAUGUACAUCUGGUUCACCGUGUUCGCCGGACUGGCUAUUCUGUCCUUAGCCUUCCUCAAGUCACUUCUCCCUCACUUUGUCGAGGACUCCACGUACAUCCUGAGGAGCCUCAAACUCGGCUUCAGACUCGUCAAAUACAAGAAGAUCAAACCUUUCUACAGCGUCGUGGACUGCUUCUCGGAUGCAGUGAAGAGGCACCCCAAUAAGAUCUUCCUCCACUUCGAGGGUCUGCAGUAUUCCUAUGGAGAUGUGGAUAAACAGAGCAACAAGGUGGCCAGAGCUCUGCAGGCUGAAGCAGGGCUGAAGGAGGGGGACACAGUCGCUCUGUUUCUGGCCAACGAGCCCAGCUAUGUGUGGACUUGGCUCGGUUUGGCCAAGCUGGGCUGCCCUGCUGCCUUGCUCAACUUUAACAUCAGGUCCAAGUCUCUGUUGCACUGUUUCUCCUGCUGUGGGGCCAAAGUCAUCAUCGCCUCUCCAGAGCUGCAGGACGCUGUGGAGGAGGUUUUACCGACACUGAAAGAGCAGGAGAUCCGUGUGUUCCUCCUGUCUGAGUCCUGCAGCAUCGACGGCAUCAGUGCUUUGUCUGACAAGAUCUCCCAGGCUUCAGAUCAGCCACUGUCCCGGGACCUAAGGGCAAAUAUCAACAUCAGGAGCACGGCUCUGUACAUCUACACGUCAGGAACAACAGGUUUGCCUAAGGCAGCUGUUGUCACCCAUGAGAGGAUCUGGGCUGCCUCCUUCCUGCAGGCAGUGUGUGGAGUCACAGCGGAGGACGUCUUCUACAUCAACCUGCCUCUCUACCACAGUGCAGGCUUCCUCAUCGGGAUGGUCGGAGGCAUUGAGAGAGGUUUGACCAUUUUUCUGAGGAGAAAGUUCUCGGCCUCUCAGUUCUGGGACGACUGCAGGAAGUAUAAUGUGACGGUGAUGCAGUACAUCGGGGAAACAAUGCGCUAUCUCUGCAACACACCCCAGAAAGACAGUGACAAAAACCAUAGUGUAAGGAUCGCCAUCGGAAAUGGAGUUCGCACAGACGUGUGGUCAGAUUUUCUAAAUCGCUUCGGUGACAUCAAAGUCAAAGAGCUGUACGCAGCCACAGAGGGAAACAUCGGCUUCAUCAAUUACACUUCCAAGAUCGGUGCUGUGGGAAGAGUCAAUUUUGUCCACAGGUUUUUCUUCCCCUACACUUUAAUCAAGUUUGAUAUCGCGAAGGAGGAGCCUGUGAGGAACUCUGAGGGUCUGUGCAUCCAAGCAGCCAGAGGUGAGACGGGACUGUUAGUUGGAAAGGUCACUCAAAGGUCUCCUUUUGUUGGCUACGCUGGAAACAAGCAGCAGACUGAGAAAAAGAGGCUUCGUGACGUGUUGAAAAAAGGCGACCUGUACUUCAACACCGGAGAUUUACUUCGGUUUGAUCACGACAACUUUGUGUACUUUCAGGAUCGUGUUGGUGACACUUUCAGGUGGAAAGGAGAGAAUGUCGCCACAUCAGAAGUUGCAGAUAUUCUUACACUGGCUCAUUGCAUCCUGGAGGCAAAUGUGUAUGGGGUUCAAGUUGAAGGUCAUGAGGGUCGGAUUGGCAUGGCAGCUCUCACUUUGAAAGAAGGAGAGGAUUUUGACUCUUCAGACAUUUACAAACAGGUCAUCACCUACCUCCCGGCUUAUGCAAGACCUCGAUUCAUCAGGAUCCAGCCAUGUCUGGAGAUGACGGGGACGUUCAAGAUGAAGAAAGUGAAGCUGGUGGAGGAGGGAUUCAACCCAGAUCACAUCAAAGAUCCUUUAUACUUUUUAGAUCCUGAGAAAAAGAUGUAUGUUCCCAUGACUGAGGAGAUCUACAGAGCAAUCGCUUCAAGAGAAAUAAAACUCUAACACAGAACUCAAAGCCAGUCUUGUUUCACAAGAGGGAUCACUCGUUUUCAAAGUAGCAGCUCAUUCAAGGAACUAUUUUUUUAUCUUGUGUUUCUGAUGAGAGUGAGAUAUAACAGCACCAGUUGGUAAGCAUUCACCACGACACAAUGCAGUGUGUCCGAGUGUCCUCAUAUUUACUGUCCAUUCCCUCUACAGCCCUACGCCCUGCUAAUAACAAGAGUAAAGACUAACACACUAACAGGUUAAGACAAACAAAUCACCGGCAGGACAAGUAUUCCAAAUAAUAUAAUAAUGAAAACCAAGUCUAGAAACCUUAUCCAUAUUAUUUUAUAUAUAUAUUUUUUCUUUAAUGGUUUAAUUCCAGGUAUUUGUUUAAGGGAAAAUUUCACAGAUGGAGUAAAAACAUGUUUCCCAAAUGGAUUAAUGCAUUUCAAAAAGUUUUACUACUUAUUAUUAAUUCUCAGUUUUAUAUUGGAUCUCAUUUCAAAAUCAUCCACAAUGUUUAAUAAAUAGAAACUAAGUUUUAAGAUGGGAUUCUAUUUCUUUUCAUUCCAUUGGUAGAGUUAAUCAUUUAUAAUAAUAUCCUGUUUUAUAUGAUCUUUGAGAGGGAUUUACUUUUCUUUGAAUAGAUGAUCUGAAUAUUUAUGUCCAAGCUUUUUAAAAGCACAGUGAAAAGGAAAUAUGUGUUUUGUUUGUGUCAUUCAUAAGAGGCGAGCGGAAAAUGUGUUGAAAUGAAUCAUAUACCGAAUUUAUUACAGAAUUUUCAGUUUUACUCUAUAAAUGUGAUUACAUAUUCUGGAUCUCUUAUAUAUAGAGUGAAGUCGUCUGCAUACAGUGAUAUUUUGUGUUUAUUUCAGGACGGAUGAGUCAUAAUAUUAAAUGUUUUCUCACAUGUACUUAAUGACAAUGCAUAAUGAAGCUAUGAAUUCAUUCAAAAAUCUGGGAUCACAUUAUUUAUUUUUUUCUCAUAAUAACAAGUGAACUUCUUGAAAAGGCUGAAAUUCAUGAUUCACGGGAUUCCAGCAUUUUUACUCUGUGAAAACAAGUUAAUGAAGUUAAGAUCUCGAGAAAACAACUGAAAUGUACAGGUCAUCACAGGAAAAUGAAGUUAAGUUAAAUAAAAUGUAUCGAUGCAUGUCCGCUUCGGGCUUCCAUACAACAAAACCCUCCUAUAGGAUUUAAUUAAGAAAUAUCUUAAAAUAAAUGUUUACUGUGGCCAUCAUUGAUAAAAUCUCACAGUUAGUUUUGCCACAUUCUGCUAACCCUUUUGAAGACUUUUGUUAUGAAUUAGAUUUCAUAUUGUAAGUAUUCUGAUUAGAUUGUUCUAAAUAGAAUUAAGCAUGUAAUUGAAAUCCUCACCCAUCACUUCAAACCCUUUGACUGUCAAAAUAAGAGCAAAGGUGAUUGAUGCCUACAAAUAGAUUAAAAACAAACAUCUGUUUUGGAACAUUUGUAACAUUGAACUACUCUCAGGAACAGACUUACUGUGAAACAUUGCAUCAUGUACUGCCUCUGUUGUAGUUUUAAUAAAUACACUCUGGUUUCUUUUUC